GGAUGCAGGAUUCCCCCGCUCUCCGCCAAUCACACGCGCUCCUCAGGCCCGGGCUCCAGCCACUGGCUGCGGCGGGCGCCGGGUCCGGCCGGGCUGCGGGCGGCAGCGUGGGGGGGAUGCGCUGACCUUGCGGCAGGCGCGGAAGGAGCGCCCCGGGGCCGGGCCAUGGGCACGGUGCCGUCCGCGCUGAAGCACUGCCUCAGCUAUCAGCACCUCCUCAAGGAGCAGCUCUGGAUCGGGGAGCCGGCCGCGCCGCCGCCUGCUCUGCAUCCCGGGCAGGAAUUUCAAAUAUCUGGACUUCCUGACUAUGUUAAAAUUGUAGAAGUUGGGCCAAGGGAUGGAUUACAAAAUGAAAAGGUUACAGUUCCCACAGAUAUCAAAAUUGAGUUAAUCAACCGACUUUCCAAAGCAGGCUUGUCUGUAAUAGAAGCAACCAGUUUUGUUUCAUCAAAGUGGGUACCUCAGAUUGCAGCAGGAGCUACAGAGAUAUCAGUAUUUGGUGCAGCAUCUGAAUCUUUCAACAAAAUGAAUAUUAAUUGUUCCAUAGAAGAAAGCAUAGAAAAAUUUGAAGAAGUUACUAAAUCAGCAAGAAAUAUGAAUAUUCCAGUGCGAGGGUAUGUAUCCUGUGCAUUGGGAUGCCCGUAUGAAGGAAACAUCAUACCAGCUAAAGUGGCAGAAGUGUCAAAACAGCUGUAUAGCCUGGGCUGCUAUGAGAUCUCUCUGGGGGACACAAUUGGUGUGGGGACCCCAGGCAGCAUGAAGAGAAUGUUGGAAGCUGUUAUGAAGGAAAUCCCAGUGAGUGCUCUUGCUGUUCACUGCCAUGACACGUAUGGCCAGGCUUUAGCCAAUAUCCUCACAGCCAUACAGAUGGGAGUUGGUGUUGUGGACUCUGCUGUGGCUGGAUUAGGUGGCUGUCCAUAUGCGAAAGGUGCUACUGGAAACGUAGCUACGGAGGAUGUUCUAUACAUGCUUAAUGGGUUAGGGAUAAAUACGGGAGUGAAUCUUUACAAGGUGAUGGAAGCUGGUAACUUCAUCUGCACGGCUUUGAACAAGAAAACAAAUUCUAAAGUUGCACAAGCUUCCUUCAAAGUUUGAACUGUAAAUUAAAAUGUUCUUUCUGCAAAUUAAUUCACAUGCAAUAUGUCUUGUCCAAGAGCAUUUAUAUAAAGAAAAUCAAUUGCAAAACCUUUUCAGUCAAGAAAAGAAAGCAUGCUAUAGCUGUUCUUUAUUGAAAGAGUAACUGUGCAUUAGAAUAAUACAUCUUGCCAAAUGUUAUUUUUGGGAAACAAUACAUCGUUGCAAAUAAUAAAUAUAAUGUCUAUCAAUACAAAUUCAUGUACUUGAUACUUUUAAAAGUAAGGAAAUCAGCACUUUACUGUCUAUUUAAAUGGCCUUUUAGCUUGCUUUAGACAAAAUUAAUUACAGUGUUCCACAAAAAGUGAAUACAUUGUUACUUCUUAAUCAAGCUGACUUUUAGUACAGUACAAAUAUUUGAAGUAGUUUAUGAGAUCCCACAUUGUGUGUGGCCUGGCUAUUAUGUGUUUUAUUUCUCUGAAUCUCCACUUUCCAUUUGCCAAGUCAGUUAUGAACGUGGAACCCAAUCUAAAUUUACUGUAAGUACUUUUUAGCAAUAGCACUUUUGUAUUUUUACAGUGGUUAACAUCUGUUAAGUAUAUGAAUGACUUUGUCUUGUUCCAAGAGUUUGUGACAAAUGGCAGCCUGCCAUAUCCCCCAAAUCUAGCGCAACUCUCAUAUUUGUUAGAGACAUUAAACUCAUUGUAGUUGCCUUUUUCAUCAGCUGUUUUUAAAACCUGAUUAAUUAUAUCAAGCAAUGAAAAGAAGACAGGAUAUACUCUUUAGUGUAACACUGUGUGGGUGAUUAGAUUUUUGUGCAAAAGCCUUGUGCACCAGUUGGCAUUUUAUUUUAUGAUCCCCGAUCAUCAUCCCCAGAAAUACAGUUUCUGUGAUAAUGACACCCAUGACUGACUAGUUUACAUAGAGAGAGCCAUCCACAGCCUCCCUUUAAGCUCUUGUGAAUUUGGUACUAUACCUGGAAAUAUCUGAGUGCAACAUGAUGCCAGUGAACUGCACCAUCAUCGGUAAAUCAGCAAUGGACAAUUUAAAAUAACAGCCUCAUUAUUUCUGUAACCUGUUCAAAUCAUCCAUGAAACUACUGUAAUCUUCUUGCCUGCAUCCGAUGAAGUGGGUAUUCACCCACAAAAGCUCCAAUACGUCUGUUAGUCUAUAAGGUGCUACAGGACUCUUUGCCGCUUCUUGCCUGAAACAUCAGUUCUUUUACUGUGUCUGUCUAUGUAGCCUUCUUCAGUCUUUCAUUAUGUAUCUGCUCUUGAUCCAGAUUUCGUUAGAAAGCAAGCUCUUAACACAAAAACCCAAAACCUGGACUAUGAUUUUUUCCCCGUUGACAUGCACUCAGCUCUUCUCGGAAACAUGAACGUUUGGAGAAGGAUGAGAUUGAAAAAAAGUGAAAGAUUUACUUGAAAAGAAAGAAGGUGGGAUCACAGUUGUCUGCAGCCCGACUCUGUCAAACGACAGCACUCUUACGUGUACCAUUAUUGCAGUCUCUGGGGUUGGGCCAUGGUCUGAACAACUUGAUUAUGAGACAUCCAGGUUGUCAGCUGAUGUUACAUGUGGUUGGAGUUUGGUGGCUACUACUCUCCAAAUUAUUUUGCCCAGGAAUGGGGAUUGGAGACAGAACAGUCAUUGUAGAGGUCUUUCUGGCAAGGGCUGGCUUCCUGAGGACUGGGUGGACUAUUGCUUUUUUCCAGGAGUUUUGUAGCUGCGCUUCUCUGAAGCAGGCAUAGAUUAUUUCCAUUAGUAGUUCGCAUAGUUGUUCUUCACUAUCUUUUACCAGCCUGGAUCCAUUUCACAGACUGUGGCUUUAAUAUUUUUCAGGGCUACCUUGCUUUGGCGUCAGAUACAAUUCAGUCUUUACAGGUGGCUGGAAAUUGGCCUUGAGCUGGCACAUUUAUAUGUCAGUUUAAGAGCUAACCAGACAUCAUUGAAAAUAAGAUUCAGGAAGGAGUUGUAAUAUGAGUGCUUAAUCCAAGGGUUCCAAAACCAGCAACACUCCCACCCCCCCCGCCCCAAAUGUGGGCUCAUGAACAAGUCUGGGGGUGGUUGUGAGCGUCUCUCCUUACUUUAUUGCUAGACGGGAGAGAUUGAUAACAUUUACUCACUAUUGUAAUAUGGGAUCAUAGAAUGCAGCUUGAGAAUCACUGAGGUAGAAUUACUACUGUUUUGAUCCAUGCUGUAGAAAUAAACCAAUUCUACGAUAAAGGGAUAGUUUAUGUAUAAGAUAUGCCUGUUUUCUCAGAGGGUUAUUUUAAGGGGAGGGAGUGUGGCCUCAUAAUCAGAUAUGUGGUCUGGGAACUAAGAUUCUGUUCCCAGCUGGGUCACUGGCUCACUGUGUGACUUAUCAGGUUGCUCACCUAGUGCUGAGAGGUUUUCAUUAAUUAAUAUUUGUAAAGCAAGUUGAAAUGUUCAGAACCUGAAUAAAAAAAGUAUCCAAUCUGA